CAUAAUCCGCCAUGGCGUCAGCAAACGUUACACUGGAAAAUCAGCUGCACAGUGCACAGAAAAACCUGCUCUUCCUCCAGCAGGAUCACGCCAACACACUGAAGGGGCUACAUGCAGAGAUCCGCAGAUUACAACAGCAGUGUACAGACCUGACAUACGAGCUCACUGUGAGAAGCUCUGAUCCCUCAGACAGCAGCGAGGUCCGAUGCAAGGAGCUGCAAAGGAGGUGCGAGGAACUGGAGGCUCAGCUGAAGAAGAAGGAGGAGGAGAACACAGAGCUGCUCAGGGACCUGGAGCAAAAGAACGCCAUGAUUUCCGUCCUGGAAAACACCAUCAAAGAGAGGGAGAAGAAGUACCUGGAGGAGCUUAAGAUGAAGAGCCACAAGCUGGCUGUUUUGUCCGGGGAGCUGGAGCAGAGAGCGAGCACCAUAGCUUACCUGACUUCACAGCUGCAUGCUACUAAGAAAAAGCUGCUGGCUGGCAGUUCCUCUGAGGCCAGCCCUAAUGUCAGUCCCGUCACCUCAUACAAGCCCACACCUCCCCCGGCCAAAGACAGGCAGCCUGAAACCCCACGUCGGCGCAUGAAGAAGAGCCUCUCCCAGCCUCUUCACCCGGAGCUGACAGAGGUGUACCGCCUCGGCCCGGACGGCAGGCGGCUGGUCCUGCGGGAGACAGUCGAUGCCAUGCCCGACCCCACACCCUUCUUGCAGGCAGGCAGAGAGUCUCCCGAACCACAGGUAGUGCGAGAACGGCCUGCAGUGAUCCCUCCUAUUGCCUCGGAGCGUCCCCCCGUCCCUCCCCUGGGUGCUACGGCCAGCCCUCGUCACAGCCCCGCUCGGGACCGUCAGUACAGGGCUCAUGUGGGCGUGGCGCACCGCAUCCCGCACGGCACCCCUCCCCUGGCCCCGCCGCAGGCAGAGCUGGAGACGCUGGCAGUGGACCAGGUCAAUGAGGAGAAGGUAGUGCGGAAGCGCUCAGGAGCCGACAGGACAGUUUAACACUGCAAUGCUAACAUGCACAUAAAACGCGCACACACACAUACACAUCUACUGUAUACACACCACACUGCAAGAACAGGAAGGAGCCUGACCCACUGUGUAGCCUGCUUUUUACGCAACACUGCAAUAUGAAAAAAAAACAACAAAACAAAAUUAUAAUUUUGUUCGUGGUAUUCCAUAAGGACUUUUGUUUUUCUUAUUAUAAAGUAGAGAAGGACUACUAUAAAGCAUGCCAAAUGUUUCUUAUUUACAACUUGUAUUAUACACAUCUUGACUUUUUGCUUAGACUUUCACGUCAUUCUGUCUUACAUGGUGCAUACAACAAAUUUCAGCCAAAUAUCUGCAUCAGUGCCUGCUAACUGGUUCAACCAUACACAAGCUGCUUGGUGUAGUCAUAGCUAAUAGUUAUCUUUACAUAUCUCUGUCUGCUCUACCUUCAGUCUGGACAUAUCAACAAACUAUAUAACAAAAGAUAUCUGCAGCUGCGUAGGAUAGAACUGAAAUAAUUAAAACUACUACUCCCCGAAUGUCUUUCAUCUGCUUGUGAUAUCAGUAUAAUAUCAUUACUGUAGGUAUGAGCUGCAUAAUGUGCAAUUGAAAUUGGCUGGUUGUUAAGAUGAAAAGCUGUGUUUUCACCUUUUCUGGGAAAAAAACAGCAGCAGUGUACAUGUUUAAAUGCAGUAUGAAACGACAGCGGCCAGGACGUGCAUUAGUGUGCGAGAGAUGAGAGAGGCGGAGAGUGUGUGUUUCUGAGACACAACAAAAGGCCAUUGAGAGAAUUAAGUUUUGGUUUUCAACAAUAUCCAUCAAUGUUAUUUGUGAUACAAGGGCAUUUUUGAAAACACUGCUGUACUAGGAUUUUGUGAUAUUAUUAACUGUACUUUAUAAAGGCUGUAAAUUUGUAAUGAAUUCUUUUUUUAAUUUAUUGUUUAAUAUAGAACACACUAGGAAAUACGACACUUCAGAUAUUCACCGUAGUUAUGACGCCACCUACAUGAUGGUAAUUAAAUUCACUUAAUAACCUGCUUUUCACAUUAAGAUCACUUGUCCUUGAAGUAUACAAAUCAAUACAAUAAAGCAAUGCUUUUUUGGUUUG